AUGUUUGCUUGUUUUGGAUUUUGUCAAUUUUGUGAUGAGGCGGAGUGCUGUAGUGUACCGUAGCUGAAUAUGUCGUGCGUUUUGACAAAUGUUGGAUGUUUCUAUGAUAUUACUGCUGUUCAGAGAUACUUGUUCCCAAAUUGGAAGAAGGGUGAACAAGGAAAUGAGACAGGAACCGAUGGAUGGGAGGAUGCAGAUUGGUCGUGGUCAGGAGAAGAAAGUAACAGUGUGAGUCUAAAUGUCAAAACUACAGUAAAUGCUGUUGCUUUUCAGAAAGAAGGAAGUGAGGUGGAAGCAGGUCCUCCAGAUCAAGAUGCUUGGAUGCAGGAAUGCUCUAUAGCUCUAUCACCUACCAGCGAGCUCAUGGUCAUUGCCUUUGAACAGAAAGCUGUCUUCUUGCAACAAAAGUGGGAUCCGGAGGAGAAGGAUGGCGUUGAGAGUAAAUAUCACAUUGUUUACAAAGGAAUGUUGAAUCAGGAAGAAGGGGAGUGCAUCACAUGUGCAGUAUGUGUCCCUCUUGCCUCACAGAAGAGAUCGUCCCACGGUGCUCCGGACUGGACCUGUGUAGUUCUAGGCUUCACCUCUGGCUAUGUUAGAAUGUACACAGAGACUGGUUCCCUGCUCCUCGCUCAACUCCUCCAUGAAGACCCUGUCCUGAAGCUGAAAGGAAGAACGUAUGAGAUGCCACGCCAUGCUGGAGUCGCUGAGCAGCAAGAAGAGCUCACAAUUCUCUAUCCUACAGCACUGGUGACAGUGGAUGGCUUUAGUCUGUUCCAGUCUCUUAGAGCAUGUCGGAAUCAGCUGGCUAAAGCUGCUGCCAGUGGAAGUGACAACAUACAACCACCACCACUUGUCUACAAGAAAUGGGGUUUACAGCAACAAGAUGCCAUAGUAGACCACAUUAGCACAGGUGUUGUGACCAGUUGUUCCUUUGACCAGCUCCAUGCAGCCUCAACCCUAGGUGGCUAUGCUGCAUCCAUAAAGACCUCUCCCCCGGUCUGUCACAAGUAUAUCACAACAGGGGCCGGACCAUUCCUAGGAUUCUUCUUUGCUCUAGAGGGAAGUGCUCAACCUCUUUUCUCUGAUGUGGCUUUAGCUGUUGCUAGCAAGCUCAAGUCAGCCAUAUUCUCUGCUGCAAGUGGUUGGUUUGGAUUUGGUGGAAACAAGCAGAAUACAGACACGCAAGCCCCUAGCAAGACAAAACCAAGAAUUGAACCUGCAAUAUCACUUCCAAUAAGAUUUGGAUUACCUGAUGUCCGUCGUCAUGGUGAUAGCAUUGUAUUAGCACCAGGUAUGAGGUUAGCUGUUAGCACUGACAGCUUUGGCAGGGUGUCACUUAUUGAUGUCAGUCGAGGAGUAGCAGUACGCAUGUGGAAAGGAUACCGGGAUGCGCAGUGCGGUUGGAUCCAGGUGGUUGAGGAUAUCCACAGAGAGCGUUCCUCAGACCACGGCAGUAAGAAGCCCAGGGUCAGUGCAGGCAGCAAGCAUGGACCCAGAGUGGCUCUCUUCCUGGUGAUCUACGCACCCAGGAGAGGCAUCAUAGAGGUGUGGAACACGCAGCAGGGACCGCGUGUAGCAGCCUUCAAUGUUCCAAAGUCAUGCAGACUCCUAUACCCAGGAUAUGGAGUGAUGGGUCUGAACAGCCUGUCCGUUCAAGAUUCCCGGACCAGACCUCACAUGUUACAGUGCUGUCUCCUAGAGCCUAGCGGCCUGGUACGGACCUUCAAUGUUCCUUUCCAUCUUGCGCUGAGUGACAAGAACAGUAAGAGGGCCCAUGAUCUUCACCUCAUCAAGAAGCUGUCGAGUCUCCUCCAUCACCGGAGGUCUCUCAAAGAACCUAUUGUGGAACCGAUCAGUAAAAUCCUGCAAGACCUGAAACUGACUGCAUAUAAACAACAGGCCCUCGAUAAAGCCUUGUCAGCGAAGGGCAUGUCCUCCGAAGAACUCUUCCACAUCAUCAGGGUGCUCAUCAACCAGCUCGGCGGCCAGGAUCCCAGCUGCAUGGACUACGAGAGCCGACGUCUCCUGCAGUACUGCGGGUGCCAGGUCAAGCUCAUCGAGGCCUACAUCAAGAUACAAGGCCUGCAGAGGAAGGCUGGGAAGAGGGAAGGAGGAGAGGAGAGGACGGAAGGGGAGGAAGUGGACGGGAGCGAGACAGGAGGAGAGGCAGCAGAGGGGAAAGGAGAAGGUGGUGUUGGCCCAACUCCUAGAACCACAGCAGAGGAUCUGGCUUCAAAAUUAAAGCAAGAUUUGACCUCUGUUGAGUCUCUUCUGGAUGACAUCACUUCCUACCUGUCCUCUUCUGGCCAAGCGAGGGUGCACUUUGCAUCGGACUACAGCAUGGAUCCUGCGACAUUCCUAAGCUGCUUCAAGACCGUGGUGCAAAGAGCGAACAAGGAAGGAAAGGGGGAAGGAACGUUGAAAGGAGAUGAAACAGAGGAGAAGCAGGAAGAGAAUGCAGAGGAAGAAGUUCCAGCAGCUGCUGAAGAAAUCAAGAUGAAGGUCACCUUCAAGGAGAAUCUGGCAGAAGAGAAACGUUUGACAUUAGGUAUGUACCUGUUCAAGCCAUGUUUAGUAGACAGCUGCUCCUCUCUGGAGCUGUGUGAAGUGAUCAGGGAUGCAGAGAUAGGCUCACAUGACACCAUUAUGCUUCUUCUUCAAGUCUGGCUUCACAAUGAGAACGAAUUCCUCAAAGACGCCAUCACCACAACAACCAACCUCCACUCCCUGAUGACAGAGGUGUCUUCUCCCACCAUGCCCUUCUCUCCUCGUCCCCUCGGUGGGGUCAACAUACCCCCAGGGGAGAUGGAGAUCAUCCAUGGGCUGCUCUAUGAGACAUGCCACGUGGGUGGGGCCGAGGUGGCAGGCAUGGUGGUCAGGAGUCUGGUCAGGGAUAUGGAUAGACAGAAAGUGGACCAUUCCAAAGGUUUACAGGACAGUGAUGAGAUGGAGGUAGACGGAGAUCAUGUGACCACGCCCAGCUCGGAUCUGUCACCUGAUUGGGUUGAUGUGAGCAUGUGGGAUGUUCUCAUUGAACAGCUCCGAGAUCUUAUGGUGCUUCAGAGACUCCUACAGAUCAAGCUUAACAAGGCAACAUCAAGCCGACUUCAAAGUGACUAUUCUCGUGGUUGGUCACCAGAGGGCUCCCUUCCACCAAUUGAUGUCACUGUGCCUGAUAUUUCAGUCAAACAUGUUAUGGAGGGUGGCAAAGGAAUCUUUGCCGAGAUGGUUGCCCGAUGGGUAGCUCACUAUCACAUUCCACCAGGCUUCCUGUCUAAGCAUUCAGUCAGUAGUCAUCUGCUAAACCUUAGCAGAGAAUCUAGCCGUGUUGAAGACAUGGAGGAUGAACAGGAUCAGGAGGGAACGGCUGCAAUAGAAAAAUUACAGGAAACCCUGCAUACAUUGUGUGCUCGCUUCCCGCACAGCCUAGAUCAUGAUGUGGUACAGGCUCAUUGCACGUGGGAGUAUGUGGUACAAUGGAACAAAAAUCCAGAGAUUACUGGAUUCCUAGGAUGUGCACUGCAUCAUUUAAGGUCAAUUAGAAAUCCAGUCCUUCAACAUGGUGUAUCUAGUAUGAUGUGGCAUACUUUCAUGGUCAAGAAAGUUUCUGCAACAGCUUUCCUCAUGGACAAAGUAGGGAAAGCCCCCAAAGACAGACUGUGUAGAAGGGAUGUCGGCCUGAGUGAGACAGCUAUAGCUAAAUACCUUGGUUUUGCUGCAGAUCUUCUUGACUGUAUAUAUCAGGUUGAACCAGAAUCCUCACUGACUCCCAUCUUUGAUGUAGAAGACCUGUGGCAGCAUAUUCAAGGCCCCGCCCCCUUGGUAGAGCUUGCUGUCAAUCAAACCCUUCCUAAUCACUCAUUGGUCGAUGUCCACAAGCAGUUGUGCAUCAUCAUGCAUGCUGUCAUGACGUUCAGUAUGAAAUCAGUGAAGGUGUUGCAGUUGUUUGAUUACAAAACCAAGAAUGCUUUUUUCAAAGCCCUUGGAACAACUUUCAUGCCCUCAUCUAGCGAGAUUGACUAUGGACUAAUAAAAUUAAGACAACAGUUCUUAUCACGUCUUGUUACUGCGGCCGCCUUAACCCUGCCGGCCAACCACCAAUCAGAACCAGAUACUUCCAGUAGAAGCACCUCUGAUAGGAGAGACAGCACUGUCUCCUCCGAUGAGGGGGGCAGUAUCGCCCCCCUAGAGAACCCCAAGAAGCUCCCUAAAACUCAUCUGGCCUAUAUAUGGUCUAAUGUAGCCCAGCAGCUAGCCUUGGCAUUAAGGGUGGACAAUGAUUAUGUGAAAAGGCAGUUUGUCUGUGAGCUGUAUAAUAGUGGUUAUGAUGCCGUAGCCCAGGAGCUGGUCGUGACUGUAGCAGAGCAAACAGAGAUGGCAGUACAACUAAUCCACAUCGUAGGUCAAAGGUUAGCUCAGGAGCUGAUUAUAGGAGCAGACUCGGUGACUGUAGAAAGGCAAUCGAGACUGCCACCAUCUCUAAUCACAUGGCUCAAGUCAUUGUCUGGAGAGAGUCUGCGGUGCCCACACCCACCUAUCUCUGACACUGCCCACCUUGCUGGCCAAGCUGUAGGUCUACUGCCUGAUACACACAACCAGUAUGCAUUAGCAUUACAACUCAUUGAAGCUGUUGGGUCAUUGACUUGAAUAGAGCUUAGUGAGGACAUCCAAUAUUCC